AUGGCCUUCUUCCUUCCCCGUACUGUCUACCAUACCCAGGCUCCCCUGAACCCACUCUACUAUCUUCUCAAGGAACUUGACCAGUCUGUUUCACAGCCCCAGCAGCCUCAGCAGCCUCAGCAAAGAAGCCGAUGCCAGUCUCAACAGAAGAGCCAGGCUCAGGCUGAAUGCCCCGCCUAUCGGGUGACAACCCGACCAUGGGAGCCCCGCUUUGAGGCUCAUGAGACGGAGGACUCCUUUGUUCUCUACGGCGAGCUUCCUGGUCUGAACAAGGAAAACGUCACUGUCGAAUUCCCCGAACCUCGCAAGCUUGUCGUUAGUGGCAAGGUCGAGCGUUUCACAGAAGCCUCCAAGGCAGCUGAAACAGUCACUGAGCAGACCGCUCCCGCUCCCGUCAUUGAGUCAGACAACGAAGACACCCAGAGCAGAAGUUCAUACCAAGCUACUGUCGAGGACGAUGUUGAUGAUGAGUUUGAGGUCUUGAGCCACACAUCACAAAAGUCAGAGACCGUUAGUCAACCACAGUCUGAGACUCUCAGCGAGAAGGCCAAAGACAAGCAGCCUGAGCAACCCAAGCAGCCUGAGCAACCCAAGCAGCCUGAAGAGCCAAGACGUUCUGGCUACACCAAGGAGUUCUCACGCUACUUCACUUUCCCCACCUACGUCAACCACGAGGCAGUCACCGCCAACCUUAAGGAUGGUCUCCUGACUGUCAUUGUUCCCAAGGCUACUCCCAAGUCUCGUCGCAUCCUCAUUAACUAG